AUGAGCCGUAGAAAUAGUAACACGACGGUUGAUAAUAAUGUCAGCACAAAAGUAGCUUCCUCAGGCCUGAAAGCCUUUAUUCUCUCAAGAAUCUUAUUCGCUCCUCCUGUUGAAAAUGAUCCACGCUUACUGAGAGCAAGAAAGAAAUCAACGAUCCUCCUUUGUCUGGCCAUAUUGGUUAGCACCGGUGGACUCUCCAGUACAAUCUACUUUCCAGCAUUGCCACAGAUCGAAACCGAUUUCAACUCUACACCUAUCUUGGCCACAUUGACAGCCGCUAUGUUUAUUCUCUUCAUGGGUAUUGCCCCAAUUUUCUGGGCUGCAUUCUCAGAUCAUUACAAGAUUCGACGUUUGCCCAAUAUGCUAUCCAUGGUUGUUUUUACAUUCUCAUCACUCGGUGCUGUUUUUGUCACCAAUAUUGGCGGUCUUAUUGCUCUACGAUGUAUCCAGUCCAUAGGUUCUUCUUGUGUACAGGCUGUAGGAGCAGGUGUCAUUGCCGAUAUCUACCCUCUUGAGCAACGUGGUGCAGCUUUUGGAAAAUUCUUUCUUGCAUUGUUUAUUGGCCCACUUCUUGGCCCUAUUCUUGGUGGCUUCCUCGUUAUGAGCGACGCAUCGUGGAAAGCAACUUUUUGGUUCACAUUCGCUUACGGAAUUGCCAUCAUUAUCUUCUGCUUCAUUUUCCUGGACGAAACCUAUCGUGACAAUGCCAAGUUCGAUCUUCAACUUCCUAUGCAAAACACCCGAGAAAGCGAUACAUUGAGUACUACAGGCACAGUUCUGAGUGAAAGUCCGUCCCCAAAGUCAGCCGAAGUACUUGAAAAUGUACCUGUCAAGCCUAAGCGAAUCAACCCGAUUGCUCCUCUUUUUUUGUUGCGUCAUCCUUUCAUCUUCAUGCCUUCAUUUUGUGGAGCAGUUGCAUUUGGUGGAAUGUUCGCUGUUGAGACCAUGAUACCUAUUGUUUACACAGAAAACUAUGGAUUCCCAGCUUGGAAGACAGGUCUUAGUUACCUCGGCGCGGGCGUGGGUAAUGUGCUCGGAACUGUUAUGAGUAGUUACAUAUCCGACCGAGCUGUACUCAGAGCAAGAGAAAAGCGAGGCGGACGCGAGGUAGUAGAAGAUCGCUUGACACCCAAUCUCUGGAUUGCCGGAUUCCUUUUUAUGCCCUUGGGCCUGCUCCUGUUUGGAUGGAUGGCCGAACGCAAUAUGUCGGUGUGGGCAUGCAUCAUUGGAUUUGGCUGCCAAUCAUUUGGUAUGAACCAGAUCAUGUCUGCCACAGCUGCAUACAUUGUAGAUGCCUUGCCAGGGCAAGGUGCUUCCGCUUCCGCUGCGGCCAAUAUGAUGCGUAUGGUUAUGGCUUGUAUUCUGACAAUUAUUGUAUCCCCAAUGAUGGAUUCUAUUGGCACUGGUUGGACAACUGUAUUUCUGGCUGGCCUUUCUUGGUUCUCCAUGAUCAUUCUGGUUAUCGUAGUUAUUUACGGUGAACGACUUCGAAAGUGGAGUGGAUUCUAA